CUUCUACGGUCACAUUGGUCAUACUGCGGUUUGUCUAAUGGCCCCCAGGUCAGGGCUGUCCAUCUGAGAAGGGAAUCUUAAGAAGAGAAGCACAGACACUCGGUGGAGAGAGAAGAGUUUAACACAGAACAUGGCCUCCGGGAAAAAGGAUGUCAAGGAUCAGGUAGUUACUCUCGUUAAAAAAGAGGAGUGUGACUGGGAUCCACCAGAGGAUUUGUGUGUGAAGCCGGAGGACCAUCAAACAAGACUUUCCACUUUUAAAGAGGAGGAGGUCAAGGAGGGGACUGCUGACGUUAAAGUUGAGGACUCUAAAGAUUUCUUCAUUCGUCCCGGACAUCCAAAUGAUGACAUUGGGAAUAUUUGUGAAGAAUCUCAUUCCCGUUUACAGCCCCAGUGCACUAACACGGGACAACUGGUUACCCAGCAAAAUCCGAUGGAGCUGAAGUCCGAGUUGAGUGAGUUUGAAGAGAAAAUCAACAAAGGGAAUGGGAGAGAGAGAGAUGAUCAGCAACCAUCUGGGAGUGCUGGAAUAAGUGACUUUUAUAACCGCUUGAGAAUUCACAGUGGAAAGAAGCCUUCUGGUUGCACUGAAUGUGGCAAACACUUCAUACUGAGAAGCAGCCUACGGAGACACAUCAGAAUUCACACUGGAGAGAAACCUCACAGUUGUUCAGAAUGUGGCAAACGAUUCUCACAAAUCAACAGUCUUCGGAGGCACACACGAAUUCACACAGGACAAAAACCAUAUGUCUGUUCUGAAUGUGGUAAAGGAUUCUAUGAGAAUUGCAAUCUUCGGCAGCACGCAUAUGUUCACAGUACAGUCAAGCCAUAUUGCUGUUCUGAAUGUGAAAAACCAUUUGCUGAUAGUAGCGCUCUUCAGAGGCACACCAAGAUUCACACUAGAGAAAAAAUAUAUUGCUGUUCAGAAUGUGGCAGACGAUGUGUCAAUCCGAGCAGUCUCCAAAGACACAUGCGAGUUCAUACUGGAGAAAGGCCAUUUUCUUGUUUUGAAUGUGGCAAACUGUUCUUUGACCGUAGUGGUCUCCGGCAGCACACACGAAUUCAUACUGGAGAGAAACCUUAUUGCUGUCCUGAAUGUGGCAAAAGUUUCUCGUACACCAGCUCUCUUCAGAAACACAGACGAAUUCAUACUGGAGAGAAGCCAUAUUUCUGUUCUGAAUGUGGCAAACAGUUCUCUGCUAGUAGCUCUCUCCGACAGCAUGCCCGAAUUCAUACUGGAGAGAAACUGUAUUGCUGCCCUGAAUGUGGUAAACGAUUUUCACAAAAAAACAACCUUAAAUACCACUCAAACAUUCACGCGAGAGAGAAACGAAUUAGAGCUGAGCUAGCUAUGGAGAAAACCAACUGAAACUGUCUGCCGUCAAUGAAGGAAACUUCCAGAAUUUCUUGUCUCCCUAACCAAUUACCAUUGUCUGUGCAAACUGCAAGGAGAGGCAUCAUUAGGAAUAAUUGAGGUGCUACAGGAAAGGCCUUCCUGCCAACUUACAGGAGUAAUGUUGACGGUAGCCUGGCAGAACUGACCUGACAAAAGUGUGGCUGUUAGCCUACAAAACCCAUUUGAAGACUUUAAAAUCUCCACUGGUAGUCUGAAUGUGGGGAAAAGAUUCUU